GAUAUUGGGGGGUAGUGUUUUUUUCUUUUUUGGGUGGGACUGAAUGGUAUCACGACCCGUACUAUCGGGCUGGUGUCACAGUCGCAGUGGCUGCUGCGAGCUCCCGAAUGCAACAAAACUCUGUCAACAUAGUUUAAUUUUAUAAAUAAAGUCCCGCAUAGUACGGUCUGCAAGUUGCCUUCAAUGUUACCCAAAGCCAUAGUCUUUAUUGCAUUUCAAUCUGAAAUGCCAGCGGGAGAAAGAACUGCCUUGCUUUUUGCCAAGUGAUUUAGACCUACCCUGUAGCGGGCGCUAACAGGUCCGUAGGUCCGGUCACAGCUUACACGACAUGCUUGAUACCGGCGCUCCCAACAAGAUUUUUUGGCCCGGAAAAAAAGCUACGGUAAAUGCAAACGCGCAUUCUCAAACACGAGCCAAGGCCUUGGAGCAAAUAGUUCACGAUGCUUACAACCGGCGCACCCGAGCGACGCGCUACAGGGUAAGACACUGGGCGCAGCUACUGAAACCAGUGAGUCGAGUCAUAACCGAGGUCCACGCCGCUCGGCUCUUUUGCAUCAUCGUCGUCAUCAUUUUUGGGGUAGCUGCGGACGUAGAACAUCGCCGGCUUGAAAGAACUAAACAAAACACCGCCGCCACUACUCCGCUCGGCGGUGAUGGUCCGUCUUUGAUGGAGCGAGGUACCCGGAUGCGCCAGCGAGCGAGCGAGCGAGAGACAUGGAGCCCUGUCCGCGCAAAGGCAGUGUCAUCAGACCCCGCGACUUCACAUGCGCCUCGGAAACAUAUUUUGGCUCCCGACCGGAUAACGGCAUCUCUCGACUGCGCUCAGCAUGCAGGUUGGAAGCAAGUUUGAAGAUUCAAGGCACAAAUACUCGCCAAAAAUCGUCAUCUUCAGUGUAGACAGCGGCGAUGCUUCCAGAUCUGUUCUCCAACGCGGCAUGUACCGAUAUCGAAAAGGUGGCUGGAAUAGCCUGAGCGCCGGAAAUUAUUUGGACCUCCGAGUGGCACUGGUGGUGGCUUUUUGGAGCACCUCUAGAGCAGUCUUGGCUUUGAAUCUAGCUGGGGAAAAGCAAUCUUUGAUCGUAGUAGUCGUAUGACGGUGCCCAAAACCCCACGUUUUGGCUAGUAGAGGUAGUUCGAUGAACAGCCCAUUUCCCGC